UAAAUCUUUACACUUCUUUUUUCUUCACAAAAAUAUAUAAAAAAAAAAAAUGUCAUUUCGCCCGCCUCGUUCUUUGCCUAUUCUUACGCUUUUCCACAAUGUAAAGUCCGAUAGGUCAAAGGCAGCAUUAACGAUGCUCCAAAACAAACAAAAGAACGUGCAAGGAGAAGAAAAGUACCGUAUUGAUGUCAUGAAUGCAGAAUCACCUACGGACACGCAGUUGAAGCAAAUCGCGGGGUUUCUGAAAUCACCUACGCCAUGGAAAGAGAUGCUUGUGGUGGAGGACGUGGGGAAUGCACAGGAUGCCCUUCACCUAUUGAAGGAAAAACCGGAUGUAUUACGCUGUCCCAUUUUGGUGGAUUGGGAAAAAGGAACAGCCGCUGUGGGUGCUAGUACUUUGGAAGCUUUAGAAAAGAUCAUUGAUGCGCGCAAAUAAAUAAAUAAAAUAAAAAAAAGAAGAAGAUUUAUUAUGAUAUAUAUAUAAAAUUA